UCACCUAGACAAAACCAAAGAUGAGAGAGGGGUGACAAAACAGCUUUGUCGCUCAGAUCACUACGUAACCCGUCUUUUGUUUUUCUGAAGAAAAAAAGCGCUUUCAUAGCCUCACCCAGUUCUGAAGCCAAAGUGCAUCGGUGGCCCUACCUCCGAUUUGGUACAGUCCUGCAUAUCAGCGGGGGCACCAAGAUGGCUGCGCCACUGGUGUUGCUGCUAUUUCACUUUAGCGCUUUGGGGUGGAAUAUUUUCGGUGUUUGGCAAAAUUUUGAAGUGACGGGAACAGCGCUAGACCAUGGGGCACAUACGUAUGGUGGCAGGUGGAAAUACCUGACUUUUAUUAAUCAGGUUCUCCAGACAAUAUUCUUUGGAAUAUGUCUCCUUGCUGAUCUUGCCCAACUACUACAAUCUAGUAAGAAAGGGGCUUCCUCUUUUCUGUUGCAACUAAGAGACAGUGCAUUUUCUGUGCUGGCAUUCCCGAUUGGUAUGUUUGUAGUGAUUUCGUUCUGGAGUAUAUAUGCUUUUGAUCGCGAGCUUGUCUAUCCAAAGGCUUUGGACAGCAUUAUUCCUCAAUGGCUAAAUCACUCCAUGCAUACAUUUGUUCUUCCUCUGCUCCUUGUUGAGCUUUUUGUCUGCUCUCAUCAGUAUCCCAGUAAGAAAAAAGGCCUGUUUACAUUAAGCAUUUUCUGCUUUGCAUAUUUAUCAUG